AUGGAGGCAGUCGCCAACCCGCGCAUCACCUGCGCAUACCUCAACUCGUACGUGGGCAAAAAUGUCAUAUUCGUCGGCAAAGUCAUCCAAUUGCGGGGCGAGGAGGCCAUUAUCGAUGCCGACGGCAACAUCACCGCCCAUCUGAAUCGCGAGGCACAUCUGCUCGCAGGCAACGCCGCGCAAAUCAUCGGCAAGGUCAACCCGGAUCUCUCCAUCAAGGUGCUCAGCUCCAUGGACCUGGGCACCAACGUCGACUACAACCUGGCCAACACGGUCGUAGAAAUCUCGCACCAGCAUCGGAAUCUGUUCGCCUACGAUUAG